AUGGGCCUCAACGAAUCCCUCAAGAACCAGCCCUCAGAACCAGCCCUUGCGUUUCUCGUCCCCCAACAACAAGCACCCAAUCCCAAUCACUACCCCCCCCCCCUCCCUCCUCCUUCCCAACCGCCAAACCUUUCAUCACCACGCCCACUUCCCCUUCCCCAGGCGCUCAACUUUGGAGGGGUAGCGAGCACCGAGAGCCGGGUGAACCCGGUGUUCUACAACUGGAACUUCGUUCUCCUCAAGUACUGCGACGGCGCCUCCUUUGCCGGCUCUCUCCGCCUUUCCGUUUCACCCCGUGCUGCCUCCUCUCUCCCUCCACACAAUCCAGCCUCGGGAAUCAACCCUUGCGCGCUCAACUUUGGAGGGGUAGCGAGCACAGAGAGCAGAGUGAACCCGGUGUUCUACAACUGGAACUUCGUUCUCCUCAAGUACUGCGACGGCGCCUCCUUUGCCGGCUCUGCCUUCGGCCGCCCCGCCAAGGCACACGCUCCCAGCAACCGGGGGAGCAGCCGUGCUGCUGCUGCUGCUGCGGUGGGAGGGGCAGAGGCGGCGGAGGCAGGAGGCUCGGGUGAUCCGCAGACGCUGUUUUACAUGGGGCACUGGAACCUGCAGGCUGCUAUGCAAGGCUGCUACGCAAGGAGAGAGAGAGAGAAGGGGGGAGGAGGACGGCUGAAAGAACCGCCUGUUUCACUCUCCUGCUCUUCUCUUCUCUACAUGGGGCACUGGAACCUGCAAGCUGCUAUGCAAGACCUGCUGGUGCGGGGGGAGAUGGCGCAGGGAACAGACGCGCACCAGUGUAUAGUCCAACCUGCUGGCACGGAGGGGCAUGAAUCAGGGGACAGACGCGCUGACCUGCUGGUGCGGCGGGGCAUGAGUCAGGGGACAGACGCGCUGGUGGGCGGGUGCAGUGCGGGGGCGGUGGCGGUGUCUAUGGUCUGCGACCCCAUUGCUGCGUGGCUCGCCCGCUACCGCAUCCGCACCAAGUGCUUCAUGGACGCAGGGGUCUUCCCAGACGUGGUGGACUACUACGGGCAGCGCUCGCUGCGGCGCAAGGUGCAGCGCAUGGCGGCCGCUCAGAACAUCAACCGCGCCGGCAUCAGCUACUCGUGCAAGCAAUCCCUGAGCAGCAGCAAGGAGGCGUGGAAGUGUUUCUUCCCGGAGUACAAUCUCAACUUCGUGCGCACGCCCAUGUUCCUCGUCAAUUCUCUCCUCGACUACAAGGCCGUCGCCAUCGCCCUCGCGCCGCGCAGCAAGACCCACUCCAACCCGCUCCUCCGCUGCAUGCGCUCUCCGCGCUUCUCCUCCUGCUCCGCUCUGCAGCUCCGCCUGCUCCGCGACUUCUCCCACCGCGUCAACAGCACGAUAUACGGCAUCGUGCGCGCGAGGGCCGCGGCGCGGGUCCCGUUCCGCGCGUUCACGUUCAGCGCAUCGACGCAUUGCGUGAUAGGAAGCUCAUAUUGGACCAGUUUGCGUAUGGGUAUGCGGGAAGCAGACGGAGGCGGGGGUGGGGGAGCGAGUGCGCUGGGUGUGAGUGUGCGGGAUGUGAAGGAUAUAGUGGGGGGAGGUGGUGUUAGUGAUGUGUUGAACAGCAGCGGGUUUGAAGGCGGAAUUGGUGGUGGAUUUGGGGGCGGAAGCAGGGAGGCCACUUUGGAAGGGAGGUUCACAGAAUGGUACUUUUCGUGA